UAGUAUACUAAAAGAACUCCAGAGAGGAAAGAAAUAUCCAAAACCAAAAAAUUCGGCCCUUUAAGCAAGUUGUUGAUAUUCCAACAUCCCAAAGCCCUAUGCCCUGGUCAACAUUUGAUUUGAUCUUCAUUUCUCUCUGCUCACUAUUGCCGUCACCAUCAUCAUCUGCAAGCAACUGUCUUCCAUUCACAUAACAUUUCUGGGAAAGAAAGAUAUUACCAAUAUAUAGGCCAAGUUGGAAGGAAGUCUCCGCGAAGCUUCUUCUGAAAUUGGACCGUCUUCUUCUUGUCCGUGGUCGUGGAUUGCAGCAUAUUCUCUGUCUGCAAUACAAGUUUUUACUAGUACUAUUAGGGUUCUGGAUUUUGCAUGCUUUCUUUCUAUCAAUCACAACUUUUACAUCGAGGACUUCUUAGUACCUAUGAGAGUUCUGAGGUUGAUUAUGCAUUGAUUCCAUUUUCACACGUGAGCUGGAGCUAUGAAUCACCAGCAGGAGAAGUUUGUUAGGUUCCAGGGUUGGGAAUCAAUUGCAGGCUCAGAAGGCCAAUAUGCCAGUAAAGAUGUUCUUCAUGUUGGAAACUUUAGAACAAAAAUAAACUCAGUCUCUGACAAAUCUUGUGGAGGCUUUGAGAGUGGCUCUGAAAGGAUCAAAAGUUUUAAAGACUCAUUGCGAUCCUGUUCAUUAACUAGCCUUGUGCCUAAAGGCUUCCGAUCUAGCAACAGAACUCUUGAUCCACAAGGCCUGUUCCUUCAGAAGUGGAACAAGAUAUUUGUACUCUCGUGUGUGAUUGCUGUCUCUUUGGAUCCCUUGUUCUUUUACAUUCCAGUGAUUAAUGGCCAUAAAAAAUGCCUUAGUUUCGAUAAAAAGUUGGAGGUCACAGCAAGUGUUUUGCGUUCUUUCACGGACAUAUUUUACCUCAUUCAUAUUAUCUUUCAAUUUCGAACUGGUUUUAUUGCCCCUUCUUCCCGUGUUUUCGGGAGAGGUGUCUUAGUUGAAGAUUCAUGGGCAAUAGCAAAGAGAUAUCUAUCAUCCUACUUUUUGAUUGACAUUCUUGCCGUUCUUCCACUGCCUCAGGCUGCAAUGUUGAUUGUUAUUCCUCGGAUGAGGGGUGCAAGAUCUUUGAACACAAAGAAUAUGUUAAAGUUUGUUGUGUUCUUUCAAUACAUACCAAGGGUUCUUCGUAUUUAUCCACUCUAUAAAGAAGUCACAAGAACUUCUGGUAUACUCACGGAAACAGCAUGGGCUGGAGCUGCAUUUAAUCUUUUCUUAUACAUGCUUGCCAGUCAUGUUCUUGGAGCCUUUUGGUACUUGUUUUCAAUAGAACGUGAAACCACUUGUUGGCAGAGUGCUUGUGGAAAUCAGACUGAUUGCAUUCAUGCAUCACUCGACUGUCUUGAUGAUCACUUACGAUUUAAACAGUUUCUAAAUGAUUCCUGCCCCAUACAAACACCAGAUACCACACGUUUUGAUUUUGGUAUAUUUCUCAAUGCCCUUCAGUCUGGUAUAGUGGAAUCAAUGGAUUUUCCUCGAAAGUUCUUCUAUUGUUUCUGGUGGGGCCUCCAAAACCUGAGUUCUCUUGGUCAGAAUCUCAAAACAAGUACCUUUGUCUGGGAAAUUUGCUUUGCAGUCUUCAUUUCCAUCUCUGGUUUGGUGUUAUUUUCAUUUCUCAUUGGAAAUAUGCAGGCAUAUUUGCAGUCUACAACAUUAAGAUUAGAGGAGAUGAGGGUAAAACGACGAGAUGCGGAACAGUGGAUGUCUCAUCGUUUGCUCCCUGACAGUUUAAAGGAGCGGAUCAGGCGAUAUGAACAAUAUAAAUGGCAGGAAAAUAGGGGUGUUGAUGAGGAAAAUUUGAUUCAAAACCUCCCCAAAGACCUCAGAAGAGAUAUCAAACGCCACCUUUGUUUGGCUCUGCUAAUGAGGGUUCCAAUGUUCGAAAAAUUGGAUGAACAACUCUUGGAUGCAUUGUGUGAUCGUCUUAAGCCAGUAUUAUACACCGAACACAGCUUCAUUGUGAGGGAGGGUGACCCAGUUGAUGAGAUGUUGUUCAUAAUGCGGGGCAAACUGCUAACUGUGACCACCAAUGGAGGAAGGACUGGCUUUUUCAACUCUGAUUAUCUAAAAGCUGGUGACUUUUGUGGAGAGGAGCUGCUUACUUGGGCACUGGACCCCCAUUCAUCAUCUAAUCUCCCAAUAUCAACUAGAACUGUUCAAGCUCUCUCAGAGGUCGAAGCAUUUGCUCUAAUAGCAGAUGAUUUGAAAUUUGUGGCCUCACAGUUUCGUCGACUACACAGUAAGCAACUUCGCCACACUUUUAGGUUUUACUCUCAGCAAUGGAGGACAUGGGCAGCCUGUUUUAUACAGGCAGCAUGGCGCCGCUGUUGUAGAAAGAAGCUAGAAGAAUCUCUUCGUGAAGAAGAAAAUUGGUUGCAAAAUGCAUUGGCAAAGAAUGAAGGGAGUUCACCCAGUUUGGGUGCCACUAUCUAUGCCUCAAGGUUUGCUGCUAAUGCGCUUCGUGCUUUACGACGCAAUGGUGCUAGGAAUUCAAGGUUGACAGAGAGAGUGCCACCAAUAAUGCUUCAAAAACCAGCAGAGCCUGAUUUUACUGCUGAUAAUUAGGUAGAAGGAAUAUCAUAAAGAUUCAGAAUAAUAUCAUGCAUGAAGAUGAGACAGCUGUUUGAGAAAUUUCUCAGCGGGAUCACAGAAUAAAGUUCUCCUUUUACCUCUGCAGAGGGACACCUCUAAGAUUCUGUGCAGUGUUGAAAUGGCUUGGAGUAUAUUUCUCCAUUUGUUCAACAUGAUACAAAUUGCAAUGCCAAAGCAGAAAAAUAUUCAGCCAUUAGUGCAUUUGAAGCGACUAACAGAAUAAAAUUCAAAAGAAAGAAUGACGAGAGUCAGAGAAGCAAUUCAAUGGGGGCAUGAAUGGAGCUUGUUUUAGUAUAGGAGGCUUCACUGGAUAGUGUUUCACAUGGGAAAGUUCUUGUAGGCACUCCUGACUUGAUGAGCGACUCCAGAACCGGGCAAAUAACUGGCACAAGAGCAUCACUGCAGAUGGACAGGAUACCUUCUUGGACAUCUGCCAGGUCAUCCCGGCUCCACUCCGAUGCAAGAUCUCCUCUUCCAAUCAUAAUGCCCAAGGAUUUGGCAUUUUCAUUGCCUCCAUAAGCAAAGAGGGCAAAUUCUCAAAUCUACCUCUUGUUUCAUUCUUCAGACACAGCACCAUCUUCCAAAUUUUAUGCCUUGCAAGCUCGUGGCACAACAUGAGAGCAUCACCAGCAUCUCGGACAAAUGAGGACCCCGUGAUGUCAGCAUCACAAGCAACGGAGUCCAGACCCAUGAGAUCCUUUGAAGUUAGACAUUCACAUUGCAAAUUACUCCUCGGGACAUUUACAGCUUUCUCUAAGCCAAGGUCUAGUUCGCUUUGUACCAGGAUGAAUGAUCGAAAUAACUGUCUCCUGAGUGCCGGUUCUUUUGACAUCUAUCUUGCCUGCUGUGCGACCAACAAGAUGCUGACGAAGCUGAGCUAGUGGCUUGCAAACACACAACAAGAGAGACCCAGGAUCGGGGCUUGUCCUCCGGAAUGACUCUUCACUCUUUUUUUUGUUUUUUUUGUCAUUGUCACUUUAGCUAUAUUAUCCUAAUUUAGGGAGAUCUAACUGAGCUUACGGGUGAUCGAUGAAAACUGAACCACCGUCGAAAAUGGAAAAGAGAGAUUGGUUAUCCUUGAAAACGGAAA